UUCAUUAUUUCUUUUGAUUAUUUCAAAAAAUUGUUUGAAGUUUAAUUAAAAACGUGACAAUUACCAAAAAUUAAAAAAAAAAAUAAUUUUGCAACAAAGAUAUUUAUUUUGGCAAAUUAAACUAUUAAAUUCAUUGUGCAAUGGAGCAUAAUCGGAAAUUUACUCUUCCCGAUGAAGCUUUAAAAAUUCAGCGUGUUGACAUCUAUUUACAAGAUUUAAAAGAUCGCUUAAAUGAACUCAGACUACAACACAAUGCAGUGAUACGAAAUUCUGAAGAUAUCAUAAAUGAAAUUGAUGAAGUUUCUUCAACACUGCUUUUGGUCGAUGAUGCUGCGUCUGAUAUUACGCCAGAACGUAUGACAAAAAUUCGCAAGCUCAUACACGAAUUUGAAAAGGCAAAAGAUAAGAAGUUUAAUCGCACAUCCCCGCAAACGCCGGAAACAAAACCUCAUGUGAAUAUCAAGAAAAUAUUGGAGAAUUUUGAAAAAUUAAAUGAUAGUCAUUUGCUACAAGACAGUCUGCAACUAUUUCGCAGAGCUAAGGAAUCAUUGGAUAGGAUUGAUUAUUUUUUACAAUCACCCAAGGAUAUAAGUGAAACCAGGAAUUUGACGAGCGAUAUCCGUCAUAAGAUUAACAUUUUUAGUUACAAUAAAAACGAAAGCCGCAAAGAAGCAAGAGGAAAUGAUAUUGGCAAAUGUGACGAUGGUAUGGAUGUAAGGGAAACAAUUUCCAAUUAUGUUUCAUGCUGCAGCAGUCUGAAUAGUAUUUCAAAGGACCACGACCAUUCGGGAGAAUUUACAAAUUCUUUGAACGGUUAUGAGGGUGACAAUGAUGACAGUGAAUUUGAUGUGUUUGCCGCCAAUGCAAGAAAAAAAUAGAAAAUCAAAUUUGAAAGAAAAAUAUACAAGGCCCACACAAUUUAUUAGCCGAAUAAAUAAAUGAGUUCUUAUGAAGUGAAAAA